AUGCGUGGCGUUUCAGAGAGCUCCCCGACUCGCGUAAUGGCGGAGGAUUUGGAUGUCGAGGCGAUGUUGGAGGCGCCGUACAAGAAAGGGGAGCAGGACUCCUCUUCCAAAGACAAGUCCUCCAAGGAGAAUGGGUCUAGUCGCAAAUCAUCUGGGAAAAGCAAACAUCGCUCGCGUUCACGUUCACGAUCCAGAGAUCGCGAUCGCCGAGACAAAGAUCGACGGGAUCGCGAGAGAGACAGAGAUCGGGACCGCGAUCGGGACAGAGAUCGCGAUCGCGACCGCGACCGUCGGCGCAGAUCCAGAUCGCGCGAAAGACGAGAUCGGGAAAGAGAUCGUGACAGUGAUCGGGACAGGGACAGGCGAGACAGAGAUCGGGAUAGAGACAGAAGGAGGAAGAGAUCGCUGACACCGCUGACCUUACCUAGAGCCCGACCGCCCUUCGGUAAAGGUCACAGCCCGUUAGGAAUAAACGAUGAAUUGACACCAGAGGAGCGAGAUGCUCGGACUGUCUUUUGUAUGCAGUUAAGUCAACGAAUUCGUGCGCGUGAUUUAGAAGAAUUCUUUUCAAGCGUUGGCAAGGUACAGGACGUCAGACUUAUCACAUGCAACAAAACUCGAAGAUUCAAAGGUAUUGCCUAUGUGGAAUUCAAAGAUCCAGAAAGUGUAACACUUGCUCUUGGUUUGUCUGGUCAAAAGCUUCUUGGAGUGCCUAUUGUAGUACAGCAUACACAAGCUGAGAAAAAUCGUAUGGGUAAUUCAAUGCCAAACCUAAUGCCUAAGGGACAAACAGGACCCAUGCGAUUAUAUGUAGGAUCUUUACAUUUUAAUAUCACAGAAGAUAUGCUUCGUGGGAUUUUCGAACCAUUUGGAAAGAUUGACAACAUACAGUUGAUUAUGGAUCCUGAAACAGGGCGCAGCAAGGGUUAUGGUUUCUUGACUUUCAGAAAUGCAGACGAUGCAAAAAAAGCGUUGGAACAAUUGAAUGGAUUCGAGCUCGCUGGUAGACCUAUGAAAGUUGGGAAUGUAACAGAACGAACUGAUCUGAUUCAAGGACCUUCUCUACUCGAUACUGAUGAAUUAGAUCGUAGUGGAAUUGAUCUUGGAGCAACUGGAAGAUUACAACUGAUGUUCAAAUUGGCGGAAGGUACCGGUCUGGAAAUUCCUCCCGCUGCAGCGAACGCUUUAAAUAUGGCACCAGUAAUGGCGCAGCCGCAACCACCACCCCAAGCCGCGCCUCCUAUUGCGACACAGUGUUUCAUGUUAUCCAACAUGUUCGAUCCGCAAAAUGAGACGAAUCCUAACUGGGCGAAAGAGAUCCGCGACGAUGUGAUUGAGGAAUGUAACAAGCACGGUGGCGUUCUGCACGUAUACGUGGACCAAGCAUCACCACAAGGCAACGUUUAUGUAAAGUGUCCGUCAAUCGCGACUGCUGUGGCGGCUGUGAACUCGCUGCACGGUCGAUGGUUUGCCGGCCGCGUUAUAACCGCAGCUUAUGUGCCGGUAGUGAAUUAUCACUCGUUAUUUCCCGAUGCAAUGACCGCGUUACAAUUAUUGGUGCCGAGCGCGCCGCGAAGAGGAAUGUGAUGACCUUGAACGAGCAAGCGAGCGAGUGAGCAACAAUCGUCGUCUACUAAUGUGUAAAAUCCUUGCAUAAUAUUGCAUUCUUUUCUCUUAUGUACUUUUCUUGCUGUCUGAUGGAAUCGCAUUUUUAAUAUAAAUCCGUUAAUAAGAAAGGAUGCACCCUGAACAACAGGUUUCAAUGAUUUGUCACUUGUCACGAUUCAUGAAUUCAUUAUAGUAUUAUAAACGUACGAAGUUCGAUUCGUUUCGCAGCAAAUGUAUCGUUCGCAGGAGUUUUGAUGGUAUCAACAUUUGUGAUGGUCGAAAAUUGUACGAACUUGUUUGACAUCUUGCAUUUGGCUGUUCAGACACAUGUGAAUUAAAGAAUUUAUGGACCCCAAAAUAUUUGAUUUUUAAGUCGCGUUGUAUAUAUAUUUAUAUUAUUUCAUAUUUUUUUAUUUAGUUUCUCCAUGUACGAAGUAAUGUAAUAUGAAACAAAUACUGAUUGUUCUG